AUGGCCAAUGCACCAGUAGCCCCCUUCAAGCCAACGCUGAUCCUCCACGGCGGCGCCGGCGCACUUGCCCGCUCCCACCUCCCCCCCGAGCUCUAUGCCCGGUACCGGCACUCGCUGCUCAUCUACCUGACGGAUACUCGCGCACUGCUGGACCAAGGCGCCACCGCGCUGGAUGCCGCGGUCCACGCCGUCAGUCGCAUGGAGGAUGACGAGCUCUUCAACUGCGGUAGGGGCAGCGUGUUCAAUCUUGCGGGGGAGAUCGAGAUGGAGGCGAGUGUCAUGGUCGCCAGUGUGAGGCCAGAGGCUUAUGGCGAUUGUGAAGGUGGCGGUGGGCCCGCGAUGGGUGGAUUCAAGAAGAGGGCCGCGGCCGUGAGUCUGCUGAGAAGAACGAGGCAUCCGAUUCAAUUGGCGAGGGAGGUGCUGCUUGAGGGUGAUGGGGAAGGGGCGGGGGUCAGUGGCAUGCACUGCCAUCUCAGUGGGCGGGAGGUGGAGGAGUGGGGUUGGAGUAGGGGACUGGAGAAGAAGGGCAAGGAGUGGUUCUGGACGAGGCGGCGGUGGGAGGAGCAUAAGCGUGAAUUGGGGCACGGUCAUGUAAUGACCAGCAGCUUUGGUAUGGGAGACUUAGAUGGAAUGAUAUUGCCUAGUCAAGGGACGGUUGGCGCGGUUUGUCUGGAUCGCUAUGGAAAUGUGGCGGUCACCACGAGUACAGGCGGUCUUACGAACAAGAAACCCGGAAGGAUAGGCGACACGCCAACGGUUGGUGCUGGGUUCUGGGCCGAGAGCUUCGCAGAGUCAGCACAUGAGGCCUCUGGGGAUACUCAGAGCUCCUCGUGGACGAACGCGAUCGGUCAGGCAAAGGCACAGCUUUUUGACAUUUUCGCUGACUGCCUGGGUCCGGCCUUUGCAGGCACGAGUCUACCCACAUAUCAUCGACUUCCUGGCGAUCCCCAGACAUCUGAGUAUCGGUCGAACUUGCUCAUCUCCGCGACUUCUCGGUCGCAUGUCUAUACAGGCUCUCUCGCUGAGCCAUCUUCUCAGCCACGAUCGCAUCGGGCUGUAGCACUGAGUGGCACAGGUAACGGCGACUCAUUCCUUCGGACGAGCGCUGCACGAAGUGUUGGCGCGAGAUGCAGGUAUAGCUCCAGCCCAGAACCGCUAUCCAAGGCCGUGAGUGCCGUUGCCGGGCCUGGAGGUGAGCUGCAGCAGUCUGCCGGAACUCGAUUUGGGAGAACUGGCGAGGGCGAGGGAGGAAUUAUUGGUAUAGAAGUCGGCGCCAGUGGAGCAGCCGAAGUGGUGUUCGAUUUCAACUGUCUGGGCAUGUGGCGUGCCUGGUACGAGAAGAAUCGGGAUGGGAAAGAAGUACCAAAGGUAAUGGUCUUCCGAGAGGAGUAUCAAUAG